AGUGGCCGACUGGUUUGUGCCACGUCGUUAUUGUAUACUUUCUUAAUAGUAGUAAAACUGUUGUCAGUCAUCUGUUUGUAAUUAGGGUGGAAUAUUGACUUAUAUAAUUGAAUUUAGAGUGCAGCGUUAGGACAAGGAAAAUAAAAACAAGAUGAAAGUUAAAGAAAUUGACCGAACUGCUAACAUUGCGUGGUCACCAGCAGCUCAUCAUCCCAUUUAUUUAGCUGCAGGAACAGCAGCACAGCAACUGGAUGCAACAUUCAGCACUACUGCAGCUUUAGAGAUCUAUGGGUUAAACUUAACUGAACCUGGAUUGGACAUGUCAUUGAAGGGAAAUAUUGUUUCUGAUUAUAGAUUUCACAAGAUAGUUUGGGGUAGUGGAGGAAUGUCCAAUGGUGAACAUGUGAGUGGAGUGUUAGUGGGAGGAGCAGAUGGAGGAAACUUGCUUGCUUAUGACCCAGCUAAACUCCUUGAAGGAGAAAAUGCACUCGUCUGUCACAACGAUAAACAUACAGGGCCUAUUAACAGUCUAGAUUUUAAUAACUUUCAGCCCAAUUUACUGGCAUCUGGAGCUGCUGAAUCUGAGAUAUUUAUUUGGGACUUAAACAACCCCACUACACCUAUGACUCCAGGAGCAAAAUCCCAGCCUGCUGAAGUAGUGACGUGUGUAGCAUGGAAUCGACAAGUUCAGCAUAUAUUAGCAUCUACUUUUUCUGCAAAAUGUGUUGUUUGGGAUUUACGUAAGAAUGAGCCAAUCAUCAAAGUUUCAGACACAACAUCCAGAAUCAGAUGCAAAGUUGUAUCUUGGCAUCCAGAAGUAGCCACACAACUUUGUCUUGCAUCAGAGGAUGACCACAGUCCAGUUAUCCAGCUGUGGGAUCUGAGGUUUGCCACUUCACCACUGAAGACCCUAGAACAUCACCAAAGAGGAAUUUUGUCAAUUGCAUGGUGUCCACAAGACCCAGAUCUUCUUCUUUCUUGUGGAAAAGACAACAAGAUCUUAUGUUGGAACCCUAACUCAAAUAUUCAGGAUGGAGAGGUGGUGUGUGAACUACCCACAAGUGACCAGUGGAGCUUUGAUGUGUCAUGGUGUCCUAGGAAUCCUGCUGUUAUUGCAAGCUCUUCCUUUGAUGGGCAUGUUAGUGUGUAUUCUCUAAUGGGAGGUCAACAACAAAUUCAACCCAGUUCAAAGCUUGCAGAAUCAUUUCCUGGAGCAGAUGCUUUUGCACAGCCACCUGUUCAACAGUCUGCUCAGCAUACUGUCUCAGUAUCUUUAAAGAAACCCCCAAAAUGGCUGCGAAAACCCGUAGGAGCAUCUUUUGGUUUUGGAGGACGUUUGGUUACAUUUGUUCACGAACUGCCACAACCCCACCACGGCCAGCCAGGGCAUCCGACACCUCCAAUCCAUCAGGUGUACAUCAGCCAAAUAGUGACUGAACCAGAGCUCUUGAACAGAGCAACACAACUGGAGUCUGCUUUGAACACGAGCAACCUGGCUGAUUUCUGCGAGAAAAAAGUUCAGGCCAUUACAGACUCAUACAAGCAAUUAGCUUGGAAUUUUCUUCAGGCUAAUUUUGACCAGUCUCCUCGAGCUAGUAUGCUUUCUCUACUUGGAUAUAAUCCACAAGAUGUAAACACACAGAUAAAUGCUAUGAUAAAGAAGCGUGAAAGCAAAGUUGAUAGCAAUGAAAACAGUGUAGAUGAUGAGAUGUCCAAUAAAAUUUCAUCACUUUCUACUGAUGUAGCAGAAGAAGGGGAUGAUGGCAGUUUACUUUUUGAUGACAUUGCCUCUAAAGAAGAAAAUGUUGACCUCACACCAAUGACCAUAAAAACUGAUAAAGAUGACAUAGAUAGUAUGCUAAGCAGGGCUUUGCUGACUGGGAAUGUUGCAGCAGCAGUACAGCUGUGUCUCGAAGACAAACGCUGGGCAGAUGCUAUUAUACUUGCUCAGGCUGGUGGACAAAAUCUUUUACAGCAGACACAGAAAUGCUACUUCAAGGCAAUGCAUUCUGAUUCUGUGAAGCUGAUCUCUGCAGUGGUGACCUCUGAUUGGAGUCAUGUUGUUGACCAUUGUGAUAUUGAUUGCUGGAAAGAAGCUUUAGCAGCUGUUUUAGCUUAUGCUAGGCCUGAAGAAUUUACAUUUUUAUGUGAAACACUGGGUGGGCGACUUGAAGCUGAAAAGAAUGGGAUCAUGGUACAGAAUGCUAUGCUGUGUUAUAUCUGUGCUGGUAAUUAUGAGAGGUUGGCAAACUGUUGGGUGAGGACCCAAAACAAGAUUGAUUCACCAGAUUCAUUACAGGAAUUGGUAGAACAAGUUAUGGUAUUAAGAAAGGCUGUAGAACAGAUGGGAGGGCAGUCUCCACAAUUAAAAACAGGAACAUUGUCAUCUCUACUUGGGAGAUAUGCUACUCUUCUUGCUGCUCAAGGAAGUUUGUCUAGUGCUGUCACCUAUCUAGUUGACACAUCUGAGCCAUCUCUGGCAUUACUACAAGACAGAAUUUAUCACUGUCUUGGUCUGCAAUCACCAAACUGUCCAUUCCAGCAUGUUGAGGUAAAGAGUGCAGUGACUUUAGAGCAACAGGUGUCCCAAAACAAACAACAACCUCAAUCUGAAAUGGUAUCUCAGGUCCCAACUAUGCCUCAGGCAACACCAUAUUCCACACAAUUUCCUCCUGUAUCAUCAUAUGGCUAUCCUCCUACCACCAUGACUCAGUAUCAAGCACCAGCUCCACCAAGUCCUCUGGGUCCACCUAUGCGACAGUCUAGUCAACCAGCAGCAGCUCCUCCACCACCUCCACAAGCUUCUGAUCAGAGCUCUUCUUUAAAUCAAACACAUCACAUAUCACAAAGAUAUCCUCGUCACCUUCAUGAUCCAAGUGUGUAUCAAGACCCACAGUACCAGUCAAACUUCUACCCAUCAGUUCAGUAUGAAUACUCUCAGAACCAGGUCCCUUAUUCUCAGACGGGGUAUUUUCAACCUCAGUCUGUACAACAAAGUUUCUACAAUCCUGGACAAAGUUUUGGAGCUCCAGCUUCUACUUACACCAUAGCUAACACACCAGCUUCAGUUUAUCAACCAACAAAUUUUGGCAAUUCAGCCACUAUGCCUCAUUACAGUCCUGCAAAUCCAAUGAUGCUGACACAUUCGUCUGGGGGGAGUUAUGAAAUGUCAAAACCUGGGUGGAAUGAUCCCCCAAUGUUAAAAUGUGCUGUAAAGCAACAACCAUCAAAUUGGGAACAAUCACAGACACAGCCUGCACCUCAAAAAACAAUGCCUGAGCCUCCAAAAGAGAAAGGUCCCAUUCCUCCAGAGCAUCAAGUGUUGCAGGAUAUAUUUGAAGAUCUUAGAAACCAGUGUCAGCAAGUGGCUACUAACCCUCAAACAAGGAGAAAGCUUGAUGAUGUUGCGAGGAAACUGGAAAUUCUUUAUGAUGUGCUACGACAGAAUGCUUUGUCAAGUGGAACUAUAUUAGGUCUGCACCAGAUUGUACAGGUUAUACAACAAGGUGACUAUCAGACUGCUCUAGGAGUCCAUAGCCAACUUGUGUCUAGCACUAACUUUUCUGAAACAAGCUGUUUUCUACCUGGACUAAAAGUUCUACUUCAAGUAGCCCAGCAAUUAAGUGUUUACCUACAGUGAAAUCAGAGAACUUUAUGAUGAUACACUAAUUAACUUUUAAUGUGCUUUGUGCUACAAGAAUUUAUAGAUUGUUAUGGAUAUUGCUUCCUCAUCUUUGGUGCAAUGGUACUCUUCUUCAGAUGGUUAAAAUACUUGACUCUUCUUUUUUUUUUAUCAGACACAAGAAAUGCUCAUUAAAAUAUGAAUAUAUGUGGUCAGAAGUUUGAAUAGUCAUUAUUUUAAAGUAUUUAUCACCGAACCUUUAUCUUUUACGGUUUUUUUCUAAUGUUCACUUUUUAGCAAUACAAAUGUGUACGAAGGAAAAUUAUCUUAACUCUGAUGCUUGGCAUCAAAUAAAAUUGUAUUGUAAAUCAACUUAAAAAAGAAGCUGAAAAUAUUGCUAUAUUGUUGUUACUUCUGCAAGAAAGGAUUUUUAAAAUUCACUUAAGCUUUUUCAGUAGUAGUGUCAGAGUUUGGUUAUGUACGAUAUUUGUGAAAACUAUUGUAUGAUGAGAGGAAUUAUUAAUCUUAUAUUUUCUUUAUUGCAUGAAAUAAAUUUCAAUAACUACACUUUUUUUUUUGUUUAGUUUCAGUUGCUACAAUAUAAAUAAAAAUAUUCUAUUUGAUAUUGAGGUAUUAUAGCAAAAUUAGAAAAACUGAAAUGAGAUAUGGUGUGGGUAUUGAUGUAUGCUUCCAAUGUGGGCAAGAAAUAUAUGUUAUUACAUUAAAUUUUUUUCACAAUACAUCAACCAUCUUUAGCUGGUUUAGUAGAGUAAUUGUAACCAAAAGAUAUGGAUUAUAAUAAAAACUUGAAAGAAAAACAUCAGUCUAAUGUUUAAUUAUACAAGUUUGUUUUUAAGUUGAAUUUCAAUGAAAUAAAAUAUGGACAAGAAAAUAAAAUAAAAGUGAUUUUAUGGAUUUUUGCUGCAUGUUACCUAGAUAGGUUUUAAGAACAGUUUUCUUAUCUAUAUUGGUUUCUAGGAAAUCCCAUAAUUUAACAGUGAAAGAGUAUGGGUUCAAAAUAAAAGGAUUAAAUAAGAAAUGCUGGUUUUUCAAUUAUUAUUUUAAUACAAAAAAUUAAUUUUUUUUAUUGCUUGUAAUAAUUGUAAUUAAUUGUCUUUUCAUAAUUUUAGCAUCUGGCUAGCUGCAGUUACAAAGUCUAGUUUCACAGUCUCUAAGUUUUUUGUGCAUUUAACUUUUUUUUUUAUGUUGAGAAGCUAAAAAUUCAUUCCCAUUUCUUUCAUGAUUAAAUAACAAGAGGGAAUCCUCAAUAGCUGCAGCUGUAGUUAGAUCUCAAAUUGGUCAAGAGGUAGAGCUACGAGUUAAAAGUUUGUACUUGAAAGAAAACUCAGAGCCCUUCUAUUAGCCGAUACAUCAUUGCUAAAAGCAACGUACUGAAAUGCACCAAUAAUGUAAGAUUUUAAUGAUCAACUAGAAAAGCUGACAGGUGUAACAAUUCAAUGGAUAGGUAACCAGUAGAUUAUAGAUUAUCAAGGUAAAUUUAAAUUUUGUGAACUUCAAUAUGAAAUAGAUUGGACGAGGAAUAUUAUUUUUUACUGUUAAACAUUUUUGCACAAGUUCAAAAAUGUUAAACAGUACAAUUGGGGUUUAAAUUUUACUAAAUAUUUCUUCUAUAACGAUUUUACCCUAAAUAAACAAUUAUUUGUUAAGAAAGUUUCCGUAAUGCUUACUGACAUUGUCAUAGAUUAUGAAAGGAAAUAUAUUCUGAAGAAAUAAACUAUUUCUGAAAUCA